CUGAUUUUUGACCAGUUUUGCAUAUGCGUCACUGCAUCUAUUCUCGCAUCUCGGACGCUAUAAUACUUGACAAAUUUCCCUCAAUAAAACUUCAUUGAGCAUUCCACGAAUACACAACGGGUCGACUCACCACGUAAAAAAUGGUCAUCAUUGCAUUGUGUUAACGUGUCUUACAUAAAUACAUGUGUUUCUUACUUACUAAAAAUGACUCAACUUUUCCACCUCGUCACUUGCUGGGAUAAUGUGUGACUUGCUUGAGAAGUUCAUCAAUUCACAAGUUAAAGUCAAACUAACCAUUCAUUCAUUACAUAAACUAGUCGAGUAUUGCGUUGACCACCUCAACGUCAACCUCACUCAUCCGUUCGUCUUACAUAUUAUUUAGUCCGUGGUCUGGUGUCGAGUGACCAAAUCUUGACCACUGACGCAGAUAAAAAAUCUGGUCCGAUAAAAAUUUCAUAAACAAAACAAUUACGAUAAUAUUGUCCAUAAAGAGGGAAAAGUGUUCUGUUCUUUUUUGGAGAAACAAGAUCGUAAAUCUCAAGUUGCCUCAUAUUACUAAAAAUCUUGACUAUUGUUAUUGAAACAAGAUCGUAAAGAUAUAAAGUCUCAAGUUGCCUCGCACUUAAAUAUUACCAAAUCUUGACUACAAAACUAAUUAAUCGCUUAUAGCGUAUGUAACUAACUGGAAAAGAAGACAAUGUGAGUGAGUGAACGAGUUCAUAAAUUGACAUUUUUUCCUUUCUUGAAACAAUAAAAGUGUCAAAAUUGAUUUGAUUUUUGGGUAACUUUUUUGGACAAAAUUGGAUAAAACUGGUUGAGACGAAAAGGAUGCAUGUCUCGUGGUCAUGAUAUUUAGUAUUUGUGAGAUUGUGAUCUGUGUUCUUUUAUUUCUGCAAGAAAAAUAGUUUAGUUUUCUUUUUUGAAAUGUUACACAAGUCGGUGGUCAUCCGAGGUAGAAGGUGAAGUUUAAAGUGUCCAUUAAACGUUAAUGGGACGUGUUAAGGAAAUAAAUUGGCAAUUAAUUGGACUCAUUUUGUGAUAAGGAGUUCAGUCUCAUCUUGGAGGAUGACAUAAUUUAGCUGAUAACUUUUUUUUUAUUGUUUGGUUGAAAAAUACAAAACACAAAACAAAUAUCAAGAAGAAGAGAAGAUAAGAAGUUAUCAUUUUUCUUCGUCUGCUUCGUGUUCAUUUGUUGAGUACGAAUUUUUAGUGAGAAAAUAAGCUGUUCACGUUUUCGUUAAACUAAUUUUAUAAAAACCUGCAAAACUUACAAGUUGUUGUUUAAUGUGAAAUUAAUAGUGACACAAACUGCCAGUAAAUCAAAUCCAACGAAAUGAGGCUGUCGAUAGUCAAGUUAACCUCUGACCUUUCCGUUGCGUUUAUCACCCUCUCUUUCAUGAUACGCACUUGCACCCAGUAUCACAUCGACACGGCGGGGGAUGCUUUGACUUAUCUCUCCCAUUUCGGCUAUUUGCACGAUCUUGAGACCGACUCGACCGUCCAUCUCAACGAGGCGCGUCAAGCCGUGAAAGAAUUUCAAGAUUUCGCCAACCUUCCAACAAACGGGAAACUGAACAGUGUCACACUCCGUGAAAUGAACAAGCCGCGAUGUGGCAAUCGAGACGCCCGUGUCGCCGAAGGGGACGAAUAUCUGGGACGAAAUAGUGACGAUUUUAGUAAAAGACGAAGAAGGAAAAGAGACGACUCGUCCCCCGGCGUCCGAUGGAAUAAACGCGUUUUAACAUAUCGUGUUGCGAAAUUUUCAUCGUCGCUGAAUCUCAAGCCAAAAACGUUGCAAAAAGAGAUUGAUAUUGCUUUCCGGUACUGGGAGAGAGAGGCGAAUCUGACGUUUAAAAAAAUUUGGGAAGGCAAGCCGGAUAUAGAGAUCAGUUUUGUCACUGGAGAUCACGGUGACGAAGAAUCGUUCGACGGUCCGAGUAAAACUCUAGCACACGCCUUUUAUCCGGCCAGGUCAGAUAUUCAUUUCGAUGAUGCGGAGAAAUGGACAGCAAAUGCUCGUCAUGGGCAUAAUCUUAGGACCGUGGCGGUUCAUGAAAUUGGACAUGCGCUAGGACUUGGACAUUCCAAGGAGAAAAAGUCCGUUAUGUACUUGAUGUAUCAAGGUUUUAAGGAUAAGCUACAACUUCAUGUGGCGGACAUUGAUGCAAUUCAGACACUUUAUGGUCCCAAAAUUUCUAAGGAUUUGGACAAAAGUGAAGAAAACGUAGUGAAAUCGUAUCCCCAAAAGUUCCGCAAGUUUGCCGGGAUGAUGAUCUCGAAUCCGGAGAGAGUAGAUUUAUGCAUGAAUGGCUCGAUCGACGCAAUUUCCUCCCUGGGCGACGGAUUCGUCUACAUUUUUAAAGGAGAGUAUUACUUCCGGUUCGAAAUGGGGAAACCGAUCGACUAUGCAGAGUACCCGAAACAGAUAAAUGACACGUUUCACGGUUUGGAUUCGAAUUUAGACACCGUUUUGACCAUAGGGACGGGAAAAACGUAUUUUUUCAAGGGACGCCUUUACUGGAGGUCAACCGGUACCAAAAUGGACUCCGGUUAUCCGAAAAAGAUUGCCCCGAACUUUCUCGGAAUUCCGAACAAUUUAGACGCAAGCUUCACCUGGUCGUGGAACAAUAUGGUUUAUUUCUUUAAGAAAAACCGCUACUGGAGGUAUAAUUUUGACACCCCGAAUAAAAGGGGCGUUCCCGUAAGCGUAAAACCGGCCAGAGUUGUGAGGCAUCACCACGGCAGGAAACGAGCUAAUAACGACCUUAUCGAAGGUUAUCCGAAAAGAAUUAGUACAAAUUGGCCAGGAAUACCGGACGAUAUCGACGACGCGUUUCGAGCUCCGAAUGGAAGAUCAUAUAUUUUUAAAGGGGGAGAAUAUUGGCAGUUUCACGAUCCAGAUUCGGAUAUUGAGGCGGCAUCUUAUCCUCGCUCUGCCGGCGAAUGGUGGUACGGAUGCUCAGAUUUUGUCCCGGACGCGAGGAAGAUAAGACACGUUCGGAAAAGAAAACCAUUUAAUUAUCUUUAGUUUUGAAUAUGUAAUUUUUAGUAAGAUUACUUUUAAAAUUUUGGACUGAUGGACAGACUGAGUUGCACAUACAUAAUUUUUGAGAGUUUUUAACAAGAAGAAAUUCGUAUUAUUACAUAAAACGGGUAGAAUUGGUUGCCGACAUGGUGUAGAAUUUUGUACAUAAUUUUGUAUAAUAUCAAUCAAUUGUAACUUGCAUACUUAAUUUAUGCAAAACAAUAUAAUUUCAUUACAAAAUAUGUUGUAUAAGCGUUGUAUAACAGACUUAUCGAUUAUCCACCAAAUUGUUUCUUUAUUAAUUAUUGACAAUGAACUUGUUGUUAUCUA